GGCUGCAAAUGAGCCGAUCGAUCGAGUUGAGUACGGAAGUGAAGUGGGCUUAGAAUUUUAUGAUUGGACUUGAGUUGCUUUUCCAAACGGACCAAGGUCUUCUUUCUAAGGCGAGCCCAAGUUCAAGUUCAGCAGAAGCCCAAUUCUCUGUUUGUUAACUACGUACCGGUUCCCUCCGCUAUUCUCGUCGGGGAAUCGACCGGAAGCGAAAGGCAAUGGCCAGCAUAGAGCAACACUUCCCAGUUCCUCACAGAAGUUUCUCAGUCGAAAUUAAGGGGAACAAGACUGAUGUAGUCAUUUCCGGAUACAAUGACCAUAUUCUUGUAAUUGCAACUCAAAUAGGAACCAUGGGGACAAUGCUACAAGCCAGGAAGGAAGAGGGAAUGACAAGUGAGCCAACUUUCCACGUAUCGGUGAUAUUUGGGAAGCGAGAUGAGCCUAUGCUAACAGCAUGUGCUCGGCAACUGAUUGAACACAUGAGUAGUUCCGGGUCAGCUAGGCCAUUGGUUCUCUCUCUGGGUCUUAAAGAUCACUCAAUGGAGACACUGAAAGGAGUUGUAUCUUCUGUACUGGAAAAUCGAAUUUGGUAACAGGUGGAGCGAUCAACGUAUAUGUCACUGUUCCAAACUUGCAGCAUUUGGUUAGACUGAGCCACUGCCUUUUUCUUGGAGAUCCUGCACUGCGAUUGUUUCUUCAAGGAUUGGGACACUUGAAUGUUUUGAUGAUGUAAUGGUUGAAGUUGUAUGUAUCAUCGUCGUUUUGAACAUCCAGUUGAAGCAUUUUUCAAUAUUAUUCCAGAAAGAGAUGGGAAAUUGAUACAAUGGGGAUGAUCUUGGCUGGAUGAUGGUUGAAGUUGUAUGUAUCAUCGUCGUUUUGAACAUCCAGUUGAAGAAUUUUUCAAUAUCAUUCCAGAAAGAGAUGGGAAAUUGAUACAAUGGGGAUGAUCUUGGCUGGAUGACCACUUCUCUUGCAUUUGCAAGCAAGCUGCAGCAUACGGGGCAGAGGUCAAUAGUGCUGAAUACGCUGUUAAGAGACAUUCCUUUGCAGGAGUGCAGUUGACUCCAAAGCGUGGGAUGUUCAGAACUCACAAUUGGGGUCAUUGGACGGUGAGGGCAUCUCAUGAAUAUCGAGUUUGAUAUGAGGCUAUUCUGGAAUCGAGUCACAUGACCCGCAUCCAACAACAUUCGAGGUAUCAUCAUACAUGCUUAGUUGAACCAUGCACAUCUCAACAUGACAUGAUAUUCGUUGUUUUUAACUUUUUAUCUCACCAAACAAUUUUGAUCAGAAUUGAAUCUGGUUAUAUUAUUUCAUGAUAUACCACCUAAUAAGGUGCAGCUUAUUAC